GCGCUGGGGGGGGGGGGUCACGUGACGCUCCAGCACCCGGGGAGGGAGGAGAAGGUGCUGUACAUGAGGCGUGCUCUGUGACAUAUCUGAGAAGGAAGGGAAAGGGAUAUAGAAGUGGUAACAAUGACUAUUGUACUUGGAUUUGAAGGCAGUGCCAACAAAAUUGGUGUUGGGGUUAUUCAGGAUGGAAAGGUUCUCAGCAACCCAAGAAGAACCUAUAUAACACCUCCAGGACAAGGUUUCCUUCCUAGUGACACAGCUCGUCAUCACCGCUCCUGUAUACUGGAAGUGCUACAUGAAGCUCUAGAGGAAGCAAAGAUACAACCAAAGGAUAUAGACUGUGUGGCUUACACUAAAGGACCUGGAAUGGGAGCACCUUUGGUUUCAGUAGCCAUAGUGGCGCGCACAGUAGCACAGCUCUGGAAUAAACCUCUGUUGGGAGUAAAUCAUUGCAUAGGUCAUAUUGAAAUGGGGCGACUGAUUACAGGUGCUGAAAACCCCACUGUUUUGUAUGUGAGUGGAGGCAACACACAGGUCAUUGCAUACUCUGAACGUCGGUAUCGGAUAUUUGGUGAAACAAUAGAUAUAGCUGUUGGAAACUGUUUGGACCGCUUUGCUAGAGUUCUAAAGAUCCCAAAUGAUCCCAGUCCUGGAUAUAAUAUUGAGCAAAUGGCCAAGAAGGGCAAAAAAUUUGUGGAGCUGCCAUACACAGUGAAAGGAAUGGAUGUGUCCUUCUCUGGCAUACUUUCUUACAUUGAGGACAUGGCUCACAAAAUGUUGUCUUCAGGAGACUCUACACCAGAGGACCUCUGUUUUUCUUUGCAGGAGACUUUGUUUGCCAUGCUUGUAGAGAUCACAGAACGGGCUAUGGCUCAUUGCGGCUCAAAAGAAGUACUAAUAGUUGGUGGCGUUGGAUGUAACAUUCGCUUACAAAAGAUGAUGGAGAUUAUGUGCAAGGAACGAGGUGCCAAAUUGUUUGCAACAGAUGAAAGCUUUUGCAUAGAUAAUGGUGCCAUGAUUGCUCAAGCUGGAUGGGAAAUGUUUCGCUCUGGUCACACCACACCGCUGCAAGACUCCUGGAUAACUCAGAGGUUCAGGACAGAUGAGGUGGAGGUUACAUGGAGAGACUGAAACCUGGAGGGCUUCUAAAAAGAUAUUGGAAUAGUUUAUUAUUUCAAGUUUGUUUUAUUGACCUGUCAAACCCUGAAGAGUCAUAGAGGGCAGAUCUGUGGAUCAGGCAGUGCUGUGAAAAAUACAUUUUUAUUUGUGUAUGUGAUCUGCCUUUAAAGCGCCUGUUAUAGUGAACCCCCUAGAUGCUAUAUGUUCUGCCUUUUGCCUGUGUGUCAGGUUUAUAGAGGUGUACAAGGAACUCACAACAGGUGGAAGUGCCCAUAAUUUUCAACUUGCAGCUUAAAGCAUCAGGACCCAAAGAAAACUGCAGUUAAAGGAAAUGUGCUGGCUACCAUUGCUGACUUUCUGGAAACCUCGCUGUCAUGUUGACAGACUAAAUGAAGUACUUUGAGUGACCAACGUACAACAAGAGUGCAGAUCAAGACUUCACUCCAAUACUCCUUUUGUCAAGGUUAUUGACUCAAAUCGUGAAAUUAAAGGAUCACAACGACGCACUACA